AUGGGAGCAGUAGUAUCAUUACCUUUGAUGCCAAUAACAUCAUUAGCGUCCUGUUGUGGAGCAGCCGCCUGUUCAGCCAUAUGUUCCCUGAUUGGAGGAACAUUCAAUUCAUCAAUCAUGACCAGAAUCACUUAUGCCUUCAUAUUAUUAAUUAAUUCAUUAUUAUCAUGGAUAGCAUUAUCACCAUUCAUAAUCCACAAAAUCGAGAAAGCAACAUUUGGAUUCAUUAAUAAUAAAUGUGGACCUGAUGGGAAUCAAUGUAUUAGUUUUUCAUCAGUUUAUCGAAUAAAUUUUGCCUUGGGAAUGUUACAUUUAUUAUUAGCCGGAUUAUUAAUAAAUGUUAAAUCUACCGCUAAUCCCCGAGCAGCACUUCAGAAUGGAUAUUGGAGAACAAAGAUAUUUGUCUGGUUAGGGUUAAUAUUUGUGAAUUUUGUACUUAUUCCUGAUAAUUUCUUUGUAUUUUAUGGAAAUCAUAUUGCCAUCAUAUUUUCUACUAUUUUCCUUGGGAUUGGAUUGAUAUUAUUAGUUGAUUUCGCUCAUGCAUGGGCUGAAACUUGUUUGGAAAAAAUCGAAAUGGAAGAAUUGACAGGAGAAGGUGAUGCCGGAUUUUGGAAGAAAUUAUUAGUUGGGGGGACAUUAAUCAUGUAUAUUUCAAGUCUUGUCUUGACUAUUAUCAUGUAUGUCUUUUUCGCCGGUAAUGGAUGUAAUAUGAAUAAAACAGCAAUUACCUUAAAUUUGAUAUUUUCAAUCAUUAUAUCCGCCAUGUCGGUUAACAAUACAAUUCAAGAACAUAAUCCUCAUGCCGGGUUAGCACAAUCGUCAAUGGUGGUGUUAUAUUGUACCUAUCUUGUCAUGAGUGCAGUUGCAUCCGAACCAGAUGAUAAAUAUUGUAACCCAUUGGUUAGAUCUAGAGGUACGAGAACCGUGAGUGUGAUUUUAGGUGCUAUGUUUACAUUCAUUGCUGUGGCAUAUACAACCACCCGUGCAGCAGCCAAUUCCGCUUUUAGUUCAGAAUCUGCUCCUGAAGAACUUAUGGGUUCAACCACCGGCACCACCUCGGAACCAACAAGAAGAAAUGAAAUGAGAUAUCAAGCUAUUAAACAAGCAGUAGAUGAAGGACUGUUACCUGAAAGUGCUUUGAAUCAAUUAGAUCUCUAUGAAGAUGAUUUAGGUAAUGGUGGUGGUGGUACUGGUGGUGAUGAAGAAAGAAGAUCAGUUCAAUAUAAUUAUUCAUUAUUUCAUAUUAUUUUCUUUUUAGCAACUCAAUAUGUUGCAACUUUAUUAACUAUUAAUGUUAAACAAGAUGAUUUAGGUGAUUUUAUUCCAGUAGGUAGAACAUAUUUUGCUAGUUGGGUAAAGAUUAUAAGUGCAUGGGUAUGUUUUGUUUUAUAUGGAUGGAGUUUAGUAGCUCCAGUUAUUUGGCCAGAUAGAUUUGGUGUUUCUUUGUAG